AUGGCUGAAUUCCUGCUGCAAUUAACGAGUGCUCUUGUGUCGUCGCAGCAGAGACACCGUGAGACCCAGAGGGACUGCCAUCAGCCUGAGGAUGAAGGCCGAAUGUCAUCUACGUCAUCCGACUUCAUCAUUAACUCAUUCAAGGGGGAGUUUCCUUCGAGGUCGGGGACCUCGAAUGAGGUGCGGACCCAAUGGAUCGACACCUCAAUUUCCACAGUGGAUAAAUGGCCGCCUGCCCGCCCUGCCCGCCCGCGCGUCGACGCAGCCACAGCUGAAUGGGGGGGGGGAGUCAGGCUUUGCUGGGCGGGGCUUUGCACACGCAGUGGUCGCAAUAACAAUUGCAAUGUCUGGAUAGCCAGGGAGGGAGGGGGAUUCACAGCAGUCUCGGCGGUGGUGAGAUCGACGAGCAGUCACGCAGCCAUGUUUGCUCUCUGUGCAGCUCGCGUGGUGCCUGCACUCGGUUCUUCGUCCUCCGCGUCUUCGUCAUUCCGGGGUUCUAGAAUUACCUCGAAAGGAUUAUGUGAGGUUUCAAGUUUGUCAGCUCGAACGACAUGCGCUACGGUGCGGUGCAUUCACUCGGAUAGUUUAAAUGAAAAUCAUCGAACCGAUUCUGAAGCUAAGACUAAGCUUUUUAGUAGGGCAGAUUCUCUGUCGAACGGUUUAGAUGAAUGUAACUUUAGUAAGCGUAGAGCAAUAGGGCGCAGAGACCUUUUGAAUCUUGCUGCAGGAUUCGGAAGUGCUCUGCUAGUUGAAAGAUUAGCGGAAAAAGACAUUGCUUUAGCAGUCUCAAAGAAAGACCCCUCCCCAAAGAGCCCUGUCGAUGAGAAGAGAUUGCUCGAUCAGAAUCGGAGGAUGCAAAAAGUCAACAAUGCUCCAGAGGAUUUUCCUACCUUUAUUCGCGAAGGAUUCCAGGUGAAGGUGAUAACGGAUGACAAGUACACGACGGCCGAAUCGGGACUCAUUUACUACGACAUUGUUGAAGGCCAAGGGGAGUCGCCGAAGGAUGGGCAGCAGUUAAAAUUCCAUUACAUAGGAUAUAACGAGAAUGGACGGCGCAUUGAUAGUAGCUAUCAACAAGGUGAACCUGCACGUACAAGACUUGGUAUCAAAGGGAUGAUUCCUGGUUUCGAAGAAGGGAUUCGGACCAUGAAGCCUGGAGGCAAGCGUCGGAUUGUUAUUCCUCCCGAACUUGGUCCCCCGGUUGGACCAUCAACCUUCUUUAGUGCCAAGCAAUUUGAAGUAUUCGACGUGGAACUGUUAGAAGUGAAGAAUUGCGAAAGAAGAACUGUGUUUCUUUACUCUGAUGUUGUUUGUGAUUAGGCUUCUAUCUAUCUUACUAGGAAAUACCAUUCUGGAGUCGGCAACAAUGUGGUGCAGCUUUGUGGGCUUAAUUUAUGGCUUUCCUAAAUCGAAGUUUUCUUUUGACC